AAAUGCCGCAGCUCGACCCUGAAUUCAUGGUGUACGGCCUCGCCGGCGGAGACGCAAGAGUCGGAUGCGAGCCCGAGAAUUCGCCGGCGCCGGUCGAUCCUGAACUCCCGCCUGAUUCGGUCGUAGUCCCUGUCGGCGACUUCGAAUGGGCCGACCUCGACGUCGUCUACGAGCGGGAUGACUCUACCAAGGGGAGCACCAACCCCAAGGCGAAGGCGCAGCAGCGGCAGCACGGCAACCUCAAGCCCACCUCCACCUCCAAACGUUUCUCCGGUAACCGCCAGCCGAAGCCCCCCGUCAUCGGCCUCCCGGCCAAGAUUCAGCGUCAAUCGGACCCCCUCGGACAGAGCAGCCGCCGCUCCACCGUCGCACCCUUCUUCCCUUAUAAACCCCCGGGAGAUCGAGACCGUAGAUCGUCGGUUCCCGGGGAAGAACCCGGUUCGCCCAAGGUUUCCUGCUUCGGAAAAGUUCGAUCCGAGAGGGAGAGGGACCGGCAGCACCGGCAAUCAAGCGAUUCUGCAGGGUGCUGGUCGAGCGCGGGGGCGACGGUCUCAUUCUGCCGGGAGGAUCCAGAUGGCGGCGCCGGUGAGGAGGGGACGACGGUGACGAAGGCGGACGCGGUGAUGGAGCCGCCGCAGCUGGCGGCGAUGAAUCGGUUUUCGUCAAGGCGGCGGCCGUUGGACUUCGCCACGGUUGUCCCGGAGGGCCACGAAGAGGGCGUCCAGCCGUUACACAGGGAGGCGGCGGAGUGGGCCCUUCGAAGGUCGUUGGGAUCCUCGCCUGAAACAUGGCCGAAGGGAGAAACCGCCGGCCUCGUCUCCGAUCUAGUGUUUGACUUUGACCGUGUUUGAGUUGGCAUCAACUAAAUCUUCCUUUAAAUAUUACCAAAUUGGGUGUAUUUUUUAACAUUAUAUUACGUAACAAGAAUAUAUAAAUAGUUAGA